AUGAAGGCUCUUGAAGGCUGCACAAUGGAACUCCAGGACUGCGCCUUCCCAGCUGUUGCAGGUAUUGUUGCUACAGACAAGGUUGAAGAGGCCUUCAAGGAUGUUGAUGUCGCCUUCCUCGUUGGCGCAUUCCCACGUAAGGAUGGUAUGGAUCGUGCUGAUCUUCUCAGCAAGAAUGGCGGUAUCUUCACAGUCCAAGGCAAGGCUCUUUCUGACUACGCUAAGAAGGAUGUCAAGGUUCUUGUUGUUGGUAACCCAGCUAACACAAACGCUCUCAUUGCUCUCGCUUCAGCUCCAAAGCUCGGUGCUAAGAACUUCUGCGCUACGACACGCCUUGAUCAUAACAGAAUGCUUGGCGAAUUAUCUGCUAAGCUUGGCGUUCCAACAAAUGAAAUCCACAAAGUUACAAUUUGGGGUAAUCACUCCAACACACAGGUCCCAGAUGUUUCACAGGCUGUAUACGGCAAGGACAACAAGAAGGUUGUUGAUGCUCUCAAGCCAGAAUACUACUAG